CCGGCUUCCGUAGCUCCGCUUCAGCCGCAGACAGCCGCCAGCCAGCGCGAUGUUGUCACGAUCCCCGUCUGUUUACCGGACGCUUGGCCGUUCUCUGUCGGCGGCGAACCAGGCCAACAACGUGCUGGUCCGACAAAGCGUAUCAGGUCACUCGGUCUGCAGCCGGCUGCUUUACAGGAAGUCUCGGCCAUCUGAAUUUCCGUCUUCGGCGAGCACCUACCACGUCAGAUGCUUCAAGACGUCCGCCGUCCACCGCGAUGAAGUGGUUACAGUCAAAACUCCUGCGUUUGCAGAAUCCGUUACAGAGGGGGACGUGAGGUGGGAGAAAGCUGUGGGCGACUCGGUGUCAGAAGAUGAAGUGGUUUGUGAAAUUGAGACUGACAAGACGUCGGUACAAGUUCCCGCUCCAGCAACUGGUGUGAUCGAGGAGCUGCUGGUGCCUGAUGGAGGGAAAGUAGAAGGAGGGACGCCGCUGUUCAAACUACGGAAAGGAGCUGCUGCCGCUGCCAAAGCUGCUCCCUCCCCGGCUGCAGAUCCUCCACCUGCAGCAGCUGCCACUCCUCCACCUCCUCCUCCUCCACCACCUCCUCCACCACCUCCAGCACCACCGCAGGCUGCUCAAGCCAAACCCGUUUCUGCCGUCAAGCCGCCUGCUGCAGCUCCACCACCAGCUCCUCCUCCAGCAGCAGGAGCCAGAGGAGAAAACAGGGUGAAGAUGAACCGUAUGAGGCUGAGGAUUGCUCAGAGACUGAAGGAGGCUCAGAACACCUGCGCUAUGCUGACCACCUUCAACGAGGUGGACAUGAGCAACAUUCAGGAGAUGAGGACUCUGCACAAGGAUGCUUUCUUGAAAAAGCACAACAUCAAACUGGGUUUUAUGUCGGCGUUCGUUAAGGCUGCUGCUCACGCUCUGACCGACCAACCAGCUGUCAAUGCCGUCAUUGACGACACAACCAAAGAGAUCAUCUACAGAGAUUACGUAGAUAUCAGUGUUGCUGUGGCGACUCCAAAGGGCCUUGUUGUACCAGUGAUCCGUGACGUUCAGACCAUGAACUUCACUGGCAUUGAGAAAGCCAUUAAUGCGCUGGGAGAAAAGGCUCGUAACAAUGAGCUCGCUGUUGAAGAUAUGGACGGAGGUACGUUCACCAUCAGCAACGGCGGUGUGUUUGGCUCCUUGUUCGGCACACCCAUCAUUAACCCCCCGCAGUCGGCCAUCCUGGGCAUGCACGGCAUCUUCGACAGGCCUGUGGCCAUCAACGGCAAGGUUGAGAUCCGACCCAUGAUGUACGUGGCGCUGACGUACGACCACCGACUCGUGGACGGCAGAGAGGCGGUCACCUUCCUACGCAAGAUCAAAGCGGUGGUGGAAGAUCCUCGAGUGCUGCUGCUGGACAUGUGAUGUUUGUAGCACCACGUUACUCUUUAUUUAAAGAUAUUCAGCCGCAUAAAACGAACUCCACGCCACAGAGGACGCACAAACAAACACAAAAUUGCCUAUACAGCCACUGUUAUUUUUAACCGUUCGGUCCGACGACAGCGGGGCAACCGGGGUUGUGUUUCAACCACUAGUCAACCUCAAACGCAUGCUAUCGCCUACAGAGAGGAAUCUGAAGUAUGUGGGCUGAAUCAAGAAAGCAAAAUGAUUGCUUUGCGACAUUGGGAUUGAGCAAAGGAUUCACAUUACAGCUUGUCAUAUGCAAAACGCGUCAUAGUAACCGUCGGCUUGAGCUGCAGCAUAACUUACAUACGAAGCAGUCGAUAAACACUCGCUGUAUUCUUGUCACAGUUGUAUAAUCGUAAAAACAAAAAGAGUCUUUUCCAGAAAGCAGGCGGUUGCAUAACUCUCUCCGCUGCUCGUUAGCCGGUGCUCCUGAGCCACUUUUUCCACAGCGGGGCCAAACGGAGCUAAUUCAAAUUAGUUCAAGAUGUUUAACGGCAACACAGGUUUCAAAGAUUUCCUCGGUUUUUGCUGCUAGACGUUGUAACCGGAGACGGUCUGGAAAAACGAGUCGGUAACCAGGAAACUAGGUUUUUGUAUGGAACAUGUGUCCGCCGGUGCCAUGCCUUUAAAUCAGCGUCGACUGAUGUGCUCGGAUGUGACUCGGUUCGUUUCUGCUCCCGCUUCGCACUUAUUCCUGUCCUGCAUUGUAUCAUUUUUAUUUAGUUUUAAACGUCGCUGUUGUCAAGGCUACGUCAGAUGUUGGUAAUCUUUUCAUUAUUCAUUAGCAGAGACUGCACAAAACAAACACGCACUAUUUGUUUUUUUUACUAUACAUCCUGUUUAUUCUGACUUUAUGGGCAAUAUGUUGGGAGUAAAGUUCAAAACGCACAAUUUUGCCAGCAGGUUUUUAUGUUGAGCUCCAAUGUUGGAACAGAUUUUCAUUGUCCUAUCCUAUCCAUGAAUAUUAAAAAAAUAUUUUAAACAUUGAA